ACUCUGCGCUGAGGCCCCGCCCUCCCUCCGGGUCCUUUGAUCACGCGGCGGAGGGCUCUUCCGGGGCCGGAGCCAACCCACGGUGUUGCUGUCAGGGCUGCACGGCGGGAGGGAGCCCAGGGGAGGCGCCCUCCCGAGGCCACCGCUGCCCAUGCAGACCACUGAGCCAUCCGGCUACUGAUGUCAUGAGUAACACGACAGUGCCCAAUGCCCCCCAGGCCAACGGCGACUCCAUGGUGGGCUAUGUGUUGGGGCCCUUCUUCCUCAUCACCCUGGUCGGGGUGGUGGUGGCUGUGGUAAUGUAUGUGCAGAAGAAAAAGCGGGUGGAUCGGCUUCGCCAUCACUUGCUUCCCAUGUAUAGCUAUGACCCGGCAGAAGAGCUUCACGAGGCUGAGCAGGAACUGCUGUGCGAUGUGAGAGACCCCAAGGUGGCCCACGGUUGGCAGAACAGCUACCAGCACAAGAGGAUGCCCCUGCUGGACAUCAAGACUUGA